CAUUUCGCCAUUUCCGAUCGUGACCCACAAGACUUCUGUCAUUGUUUCUAUCACUUUUUUGGGGAACUGGACUGGUUAGUGUUGAUGUUACGGUUCCUCAGUGUUUAAGAUUUCUGGUAACAUAGGUGUUGUAUGUCGCUGUUUGACGAUAUUGUAAAAAUAAUGAAUUUCGGUUGUGCAUUUCUCUGGUAUUGCAGCUGUUGAACAAGCUGUUACAAGCAACACAAACGAAAAGAUGGACCAACGACCUGGAGCUGGCCGCGGAAUUGGCCGUGGCCGAGGAAUUCCUGCCCCUGUUCAGCCAAGUCAGCCUGCUCCCGCACAACCAAGUCAACCUGUUCCUGCCGCUCAAGAACAGAUUCCCACUCCAGGAAUCGGACGAGGUCGCGGGCGUGGAUUGGGAGUUACGCAACAACCACCGACGCCAACGUCUCCAGCCAGUGUUACCUCUGCGCCGGCCUUUCCCUCCGUGUCUCAGCCGGCACCUCAGGCGCCUGUUGCUGGUCGGGGAAUUGGACGUCGAGGAGUGCCGCGUGCUGGAGAGACUGGAUUGGGCUCUGCAGAUGCCGCCGGUGCCUCUUCCGCGCCGUCUAUCCCGGGUCCUCGUGGUGAUGCAGCGGCACGCGCGAUGCCGGCACCUCAGUCAGCCGCCAGCGGCAUCGAGGCGGGAAUGGCACGAAUGGACAUCAGUGCACCGCAGCGCCAACCAGCUGCCGUUCCUGCUGCCCAAGCUGGCGGCAGCGGGCCUCCUCCCACCGGUAAAGCGGAAGAACGCCCGGAAGAACUGCAUGGAGAGGAAGCUGUCAAUGCUGAACGUGAACGUCGACAAAGGGAGCUGCGAAUCAUUCCGAAGCCGAUUGGUACCGUAGGGCGCCGUGUGGAAUUGGUAACCAACGCAGUGCAUUUCCAAGCCGCUCCGGAGUCGAUGGUGUAUGAAUAUCGCGUGGAUUUUGAACCGCAGUUGUGGAGUGCCAGAUUGAGGAUCAAACUGAUUGAAUCCCUUGCCAAUCGUCUGCCGCCGACGUACUUAUUCGACUUCGACAAUCUGUUCUUGUCACAGCGACUUCCUAAUGAGGUAGAGGAAUUCGUCUGUCCAUCGCCGUAUCGUGGCCCAGAAGGGGAAAUUGAAGAGUACAAACUGACCAUUCGUUUUGUGAUGAGCAACCGCGCGAACGAAAGCAAAGAACUGCUGAACUUAGUGCUGAAAAAUUUGGAAUUGAGCUUGAAUUUCGUUCAAAUCGGCAAAAACCGCUUCGAUCCUGUGCAAAGAAUCGCCAUACGGGAGGCACCGAAUGUUCCGGCAAUGGAAGUUUGGCCAGGUUUUCAAACGUCAGUCAAUCCAUACAGUGCUGGCAUUCUGCUUCUGACCGACGCCCAGUUUCGUGUCAUCCGCACAGGAAACGUUAAAGAUUUAAUGGAUAUGUGGCGCAGUGAGGCAGGAUCAAAUGAUGCGAAGUUUCGGCAGCUGAUUAUGGAUAACUUAAUUGGAGCUACGGUUCUUACGCCAUACAACAACAGGAGCUAUGUGGUGUCCGACAUCAGAUGGGAUAUGAGUCCAUUGUUUACAUUCAAAAAUUCCAAAGGCGAAGAAUGCGUUUUCUGGGACUACUACAGGCAGCAUUACAAUAUUACGAUUGUGGAUAAGGAUCAGCCGUUGAUGUACUCAAAACCAGCGCCGACCGGUAACAAGCGACGAGAAGGUUUCAGUGUUGCAUUGAUCCCCGAACUGUGUCAGCUGACCGGCAUCCAGGAUGAUUUACGGGCAAAUUUUGCGGCCAUGAAGACCAUCGCCAUAGCCACCAAACUGAAUCCUCAACAGCGUGCGGAAACAAUCAAGGGUUUUUUAAGAGAUCUUGACCGAGGCCAAGAGGCCCAGAAAAUCCUGCAGACUUUCGGCGUUAAAAUUAGUAAAGAAUUGCUACGUGUGCCUGGUCGAGUUUUACAGCGCGAACAGCUUUUCUGCGGUCAAUCACCAAAUCCCGUUACUGUUCCGGAAAAUGGCGACUGGACACGUAAUGCGACCGGUGGAAAGCUUAUGGAUGCCAGAGGGGCCGAGCAUUGGACCUUGAUUUUCCAAAAGCGGGACCAGAAAUGUGCGGAGGAUUUCGCUCGCGCCUUCCGUGACGCCAGUCAGAGUUUUGGCAUGCAGUUCGGAAAUCCGCAAAUAAUGAUGCUAACUGCGGAUCAAAACAUCACAUACGCCAACAGUAUUGCUAAAGCCGCAGUCGAAAACAAAAGCAAACUGGUAGUCACGAUAUUUCCAAAUAUGCGGGAGGAUCGCUAUGCGGCAGUAAAGCAGUCCUGCUACAUGAAGCAUGGUAUCGCUUCGCAGGUCAUUAUGAGUCGUACACUGGGAAGACCAGAUCGUUUGCGCGCAAUUGUGCAGAAAAUCGCUUUGCAAAUCAAUUGCAAGUUGGGUGGAUCCAUUUGGCGCAUGGCUAAAAUGCAGUUGCGAGCUGACACUAAGAAAGAUCCAAUGAGCCUUAUGGUGAUUGGAGUGGACGCCUAUCACGACAUUAAACGUAGAAAGGAUUCGAUCGCGGCUUUGGUGGCUAGCACGGAUGACGAUUUCACACACUGGCAUAGCCGUUGUAAUUUUCAGCCACCGAAAACGGAAUUGGCCUCGGGGAUAAAGUUUUCAUUCGCUUGUGCAAUGAUUUCGUAUGCAAGGGUUAACCGUGCAUUUCCGAACACCAUUGUCAUCUUUCGCGAUGGCCUGAGUGAUGCGGAACUGGGCCGUGGUUUGCUGUAUGAAGUAGGACAGAUACUCAGUAUCACCAAUGAUCCACGGCAGCUGUUGGAUAUGAUGAAAAACGAUUCAUCUAGCAGUAGCAGCGAAAGCAGCCAGGAAGAGGUUAUAUAUGUCCCGGAAAUUUACUACAUCGUCGUCCAGAAGCGUAUCAAUCAACGCCUGUUUCUGAGUGAGAAAAAUACUUUGGUGAAUCCUAAGCCAGGAACCGUGUGCGACGAAGGAAUCACUCGUCGGGAUAUGUACGAUUUCUACCUUGUGCCGCAAAAUGUGCGUGAGGGCAGCGUAUCACCGGUACAUUUCAUUGUGUGCUACCAGCCGCCGGAACCGAGGUUGACCGUGGAUGACAUCCAAGGCUUGGCAUAUAAACUGACCCACAUGUACUACAACUGGACCGGAACUAUUCGUGUGCCGGCGCCUUGCAUGUAUGCCCACAAAUUGGCGUACCAGAGUGGAACGUGCUAUGAACGCGCGCAACCGGACACAGCGCUGCUGGAUACAUUGUUUUAUCUGUAAACACUGGAAUAAGAUUCCGCGGGGGUAGAAACGGUGUGAUUUGUUUUACGGUUUUAUUUUGUUGUCAGUGUAUGAAUUUUGUACAGAACCUUUUGUUUCUGAAAUGGUGAUCUUGGAAAACGGUUGUUAUCUGCAGCGCAGAGUAAUUUGAAUUCAGUUCUAUCUGUUCGGAAUUGUAAUAUUUUUCUUUUUGUUGCCUGUUGGUAACUUAGAAGUUGGAAUAGAAUUCAUCGAGGUUUGUUGUAAGGUUUCUGAUAUUAGCAUUUUAUUUUCGAGGUCUUUUGUGAUGUUACAGGCUCAGUUUAUUAAAAACAGA